UUAACACACGCCUUAUUCUCUUGAGCAGUCACUGCAACCCAAGCACAAUGAUCGCCAAAUUCGUUAUUGUCCUAGCUCUGGCUGUCGCUGCCAGCGCGAGUGUAGUUCCAGUGGCCGCCGCCCCGGCCGCGCUGGUAGCCCCGGCCGUCGCCCCCGUGGCGGCGGCAUACGGCGUCGCCCCCUAUGCUAGCUCAUACUCGGCCCAUGCCGUGAACCAUGCCGUAGCCACUCCUGUGGUCGCUCCAGCUCCGGUAGUUGCCGCUGCUCCAGUUGUAGCUCCCGCUCGCUUUGUCGCCCCCGCGGCGCCUUACGUAGCCGCCCCCGUCGCUCCCGCCGCUCCACUAGUCGCCCCCGCCGCGCCCGUCGUCGCGGCGCGAUACUUCUCAUCCCCCUACUACUUUUAA